AAAUUAAUGAUCAUGAGCUCUUAUUUGAUGGACUCUAACUACAUCGAUCCGAAAUUUCCUCCAUGCGAGGAAUAUUCGCAAAAUAAUUACAUCCCAGACCACAGUCCGGAAUAUUAUAGCCGGACAAGGGAGUCCAGCUACCAGCAUCACCACCAGGAGCUGUACCCAGUGCCACGACCCUCCUUCCCCGACCGCCCGUUCGGCUGCGGGGGGCUCCCCGCACCCGGCAACCCGGCGGGGCUCCAAAGGGGACCGGGGCAAACUCCAGGAGGCCACCACCUCUCAGAGAAAGCGCAGCAGCUCUGCGAGCAGGCUGCCCUGUCCACCUCCUCCACCACUCCUUCCCCAGCCCCUCCAGCCUGCAACCAGCCAAACCCCGACCAUCCCACCAGCACAGCUUCCAAACAGCCCAUAGUCUAUCCCUGGAUGAAAAAAAUCCACGUCAGUACUGUGAAUCCCAAUUACAAUGGAGGCGAACCCAAGAGAUCCAGGACAGCCUACACCAGGCAGCAGGUUUUGGAGCUGGAGAAGGAGUUUCACUAUAACAGGUACCUGACCCGGCGGCGGCGCAUCGAGAUCGCCCACUCGCUUUGCCUCUCCGAGCGCCAGAUCAAAAUCUGGUUUCAGAACCGCCGCAUGAAAUGGAAAAAAGACCACAGGCUGCCCAACACCAAAGUACGGGCGGCAACGGCAGCGGUCGCCACGGUCGCCACCACCGUCGCCGCAGCCGCCGCCGCCACCGCCGCCGCCGCCCCGCCGAACACGGCCGCGGGCGAGGAGCUGCCCUCCGCCGCCGCGCAGGACCCGCGCACGGAGGAUAUCACCAGGUUAUAAACA